GCGGCAGAAGCGGCCGCGGCGGGUCUGGGCAGGGCUUGGGCAGCGCGGCCGAAGCGAGGCGCGAGCCGGACCAGAGGUGACGCCGUCACGGCCGGAGCAAGGCGCGCGGUGGCCGAGGUCUGUCUGCGGAUUCUGAGCAUCUGGAGUGGACCCUUGAGCCUUAGCAUUUGCUGUUGCCCCACUCUUUGGCGAGAUGUCUGUCACUUACGAUGAUUCCGUUGGAGUAGAAGUGUGCAGCGACAGCUUCUGGGAGGUCGGGAACUACAAGCGAACUGUGAAGAGGAUUGACGAUGGCCACCGCCUGUGCAGUGACCUCAUGAACUGCCUCCAUGAGCGCGCGCGCAUCGAGAAGGCAUACGCGCAGCAGCUCACCGAGUGGGCCCGGCGCUGGAGGCAGCUUGUGGAGAAGGGGCCACAGUAUGGGACAGUGGAGAAGGCCUGGGUGUCCUUCAUGUCCGAGGCAGAGAGGGUCAGCGAGCUGCACCUGGAUGUAAAGGCUUCGCUUAUGAAUGAGGACUUUGAGAAGAUUAAGAACUGGCAGAAGGAAGCCUUUCACAAGCAGAUGAUGGGAGGCUUCAAGGAGACCAAGGAAGCGGAGGACAGCUUCCGCAAAGCCCAGAAGCCCUGGGCCAAGAAGCUGAAAGAGGUAGAAGCGGCAAAGAAGGCCUACCAUGCAGCCUGCAAAGAAGAGAAGUUGGCCAUCUCACGAGAAGCCAACAGCAAGUCAGACCCAUCACUCAACCCGGAGCAGCUCAAGAAAUUGCAAGAUAAAAUAGAAAAGUGCAAGCAGGAUGUUCUAAAGACCAAGGACAAGUACGAGAAGGCCCUGAAGGAGCUGGACCAGGCCACGCCCCAGUACAUGGAGAACAUGGAGCAGGUAUUUGAACAGUGCCAGCAGUUUGAGGAAAAGCGACUGCGCUUCUUCCGGGAGGUUCUCUUGGAGGUUCAGAAGCACCUGGACCUGUCGAACUCAGCCAGCUAUAAAACCAUUUACCGCGACUUGGAACAGAGCAUCAAAGCGGCUGAUGCGGUGGAAGACCUGAGGUGGUUCCGAGCCAACCACGGGCCAGGCAUGGCCAUGAACUGGCCACAGUUUGAGGAGUGGUCUGCAGACCUGAAUCGAACUCUCAGCCGGAGGGAGAAGAAGAAGGCUGCUGAUGGUGUGACCCUGACAGGGAUCAGCCAGACAGGUGACCAAGCUGUCCCGAACAAGGCCGGCAGCAACCUUAGUGUCCCGAGCAACCCCGUCCAGCCUGCCCAGUCACAGUCCAGCUACAACCCUUUUGAAGAUGAGGACGACACAGGCAGCACCGUCAGCGAGAAGGAGGACAUUAAGACCAAAAAUGUGAGCAGCCGUGAGAAGGCCCAGAGCUACCCCGCUGACUGGUCCGACGACGAGUCCAACAACCCCUUCUCCUCCACGGAGGCCAACGGCGACUCCAACCCAUUCGAUGAGGAUGCUGCCUCGGGGACAGAAGUACGGGUCCGGGCCCUGUACGACUAUGAGGGGCAGGAACAUGAUGAGCUGAGCUUCAAGGCAGGUGAUGAGCUGACCAAGAUAGAGGAUGAGGAUGAGCAGGGGUGGUGCAAAGGCCGCUUGGACAGUGGGCAGGUCGGCCUGUAUCCUGCCAACUACGUGGAGGCCAUCCAGUGACAGGCUGUGGGCAGGCCGGCCCCGGAGCUCCGUUAGCCUGGGCCUGGUCAGUGGGGGUCCUUCUAGCCCUGUGACAUCCCCUCUACCUGCACAAGGCACCGGCCUCCUUGAGCUUGCUUUCGGGUAUGCUUGGAAGGCAGAGGAGCUGGUCGUUUCACCCGGGUCUUGGUCCUUUCCAAGUGCAUCCGGGAGCUCUGCGUGGAAGACAGCAUAAGAGAGGAGCCGCCCUGCGCUGCCCAGCUCUGCCGACCUCACCUCCUCCUGGGUCAGUGUGGGCAGCACUCACUCUCCCUCCACUGAUUAUUGUCUCUCACCAGUCUUCUCCCUGCUAGUUAAGUAAACAAAGUAUGCCAUUUACUGAGUGAAGAUUUUGAAGAUUUUAAUUUAAAGGCUAUGUACAGUUACACUUUUUCACAUACCUGCUCUUCUGUCCUUUGUACAUAAGUUACGGCGCAGAUGGCUCUGAACCGGUCUCCAGGAUGAUAGCUCUGCUUCCAGCUUGCUCUUCCACAGCCCAGCGGCUGCCUGGGGCAGGUGGAGGGCGGCAUAGGUCCUAUGGGCAGGUGACGCCUGGGGCCAGAGACUGCAGGAUGUGGGGUGCACCAUGCAGUGGUUUCGAUGAUGAAUGUGGCCGGAGGAAACCUCACAGGACUCCCCAAGGUCAGCGCCUGCUGAAGUGAGUUUCACUCUAUUCCUGCUUCAAACUCGACUGUCUUGCACAUUCACCGUCUUACCAGCGAUUGCGAGGCUAAGCGAGGCUAGCUUUCCAGGCAGAUGCUUCUGUGACUAAGAUGCUCUAGAGCGGGCUCUUGUGUCUGGGUGUCUCUACGUAUCUGCUAUUCCGAGAACCUAAGCAGUGAGCCGAGGCCCCUGGCCCUGUGGAGAGCUGUACAGUGCCAUCUUUGCAAUCAUCACAGGCUUCACUGUCUCCAGUUCCACGUGAGCAAACAGCUUGGGUGUGGAGGGCAGCAAGGCAAAGCAGGCAGCGUGGUGACCCUGAAGGACCCAGGGCAGGAAGGGCCUGCACUGUGUUAGCUGGGACAGUGGUGUCCUCCACCAGUCGCAAGCUGCUGUGCUUUCCACCCAGUGCCUGCGGGGAGCGCCACUUCCUGGAAAGUAUGAGUCAGGAACUGCCAUGAACAUUCCCAGUGGAAAUCCUGGUCCUAUGCUACAGAUCUACCAACUGCUAUCACAUCUGCUGAGUUAAUAGUUCCUUUAAGUGUAUGCAUCUUUGAACAGAAUCAAUAAACAGUCUAUCUCAGGUGUGUGAAAGG